AUGGUCCAGCCGGUGCAAUCUACAAAUGUUCUGACAAUGGAUGGACAUACUAAGCCGUCACCUGAACAACCCAUUCUACUGAUACUGGAUAAUCAUGCCAGCCACAUGUCACUACAAAUAUUUGAGCACUGCAAACAAAAUAACAUACAUAUGCUUUCACUACCUCCGCACACAUCACACCGCAUGCAGCCGCUUGAUGUCACAUUUUUGGGCCUUUUUAAAGUUGCUUACAAGAGAGAGUUUGAUUUAUUUUUAAAAUCUCGGCUUGCAGAAAAAAUAACACCUUAUGAUGUGGACAACGCUAUCAAGCAAAGCAUAUGA